GAUGUGUCACUCUCCACCUGUGAUUUCCUUUGACAAAUAAUGCUUUAUGGGAUUUUCUAGAUUAGCAGCAUUUACUUGUCACCAUACUCACAAUCUUCUUCUUCUACCAAAUUCUUUCAUUUCUAGCCUUUCUCUUUCUAGUGGACUAACAAGAACUAUUACCACUAACCAUAAAAGAAAAUUUAUUCCUUUAUUAUCAUCCGCUAACAGAUUAGCUCACUCUGUAUCACCGAAAAUGGUCAAAGCAAUUAGAAUUCAUCAACUUGGUGGCCCUGAGGUCCUUAAAUGGGAGGACGUCGAAGUGGGAGACCCAAAAGAUGGAGAGAUCAGGGUGAAAAAUAAGGCCAUUGGUCUCAACUUCAUUGACGUAUAUUUCCGAAAAGGGGUUUACAAAGCUGCUGCAUUUCCUUUUACACCAGGUAUGGAGGCCGUAGGGAUUGUAACAGCUGUUGGUCCUGGAUUGACUGGGAGGAAAGUUGGAGAUAUUGUUGCAUAUGCUGGCAGUCCAAUGGGUUCAUAUGCUGAGGAACAGAUCCUUCCUGCUGAUAGAGUUGUGCCUGUUCCUCCCUCUAUUGACCCUAUUGUUGCAGCAUCCAUACUUCUCAAGGGCAUGACUGCUCAGUUCCUACUGCGCCGCUGCUUCAAAGUUGAACAUGGGCACACAGUACUGGUUCAUGCUGCAGCAGGUGGGAUUGGGUCCCUAUUGUGCCAAUGGGCAAAUGCCCUUGGUGCUACUGUCAUUGGGACUGUAUCAACUAAAGAGAAGGCAGCCCAAGCGAAAGAUGACGGCUGUCAUCAUGUUAUAAUCUAUAAGGAAGAGGAUUUUGUCACUCGUGUCAAGGAGAUUACUUCUGGCCAAGGAGUUGAAGCUGUCUAUGAUUCUGUUGGGAAAGAUACCUUUCAGGGAUCAUUAGACUGCUUAAAAACUCGUGGAUACAUGGUGAGUUUCGGGCAGUCAUCUGGCUCACCAGAUGUGGUACCUUUAUCAGCUCUUGCAGUGAAAUCGCUAUUUCUGACAAGGCCUAGCAUGAUGCAUUACACAAUAACGAGGGAUGAACUACUGGAAACUGCUGGAGAGGUAUUUGCAAAUGCUGCAUCAGGUGUCCUACGUGUCCGUGUCAAUCAUACUUAUCCAUUGUCUCAGGCGGCACAAGCACAUGCUGACCUUGAGAGCAGGAAAACAUCUGGAUCAAUUGUGUUGAUUCCAGAUGGUGCUGAGAAGUAGUGUGUCUAUAUAUAUAUAUAUAUAUACUACUUUAUAUAUACUGCCAACAUGAAAUGUAUGAAAGCGCAUAGUGGACUUAAAGUCUGAGCUGAACCAUAAUAAAUGCCUCUGUACAUUCUUUGUCAAUUUUCACUUCUCAUUAUGUUGCAAUAUUGUGUUGUACUUGCGUGGAUGCUGUGAUCAAUUUCCAGCCUUUAAGUGAAAGAUACUAGCUCCUUCAGGUUCUUCCUGG